GUUCAAAUCGCUGGUUCUCACAUUGACACGCUGAAAUCUAAAACGGGAAUUAUCAUUAAAAAAACAAUUAGACUUUGAUCAUACACUGUAAAAGCACGGAUAAUGGAAAUGCAAAUGUAUAGGGCACAAAUACAUGGAAUGAAUAAACUACGUGUAUUACUUUUCCACAUUGACGUGCAGUCAUUGUACAUAUUUAAGGAAUGUCAUGUAGGACAUUGAGCAUUACAAUCAACCUAUUAUAGUAAACUAUUUGUUCUAUUGUUACAAUAAAGGAGUUGACGUUAUUGAGAAAAAGGACAAAUGGAAUUGUUAUUUUAAGACUAAUGUAUUAAGACUAAAACUGUGGCCUAUUUCUGCCUAUUGUUGACGUAGGCCUACUUGCAAAUACCUGAAAGAAAGUGAUUUACAAUACCAUAGUUGCACUAAUCAUGCGUAUGAACGUAAAUAUAGUGAUUAGCCUACAUGAAUUCACAAAAGUUACAGUGAAGACUCCUUUACGUUUUGAGUACAUUACCUGCGUAGCCAUCCCUCAUUAGGAUAUUAAUUUGGACAGGAUGAUCUUGUCCAUAUAUUGAUAUGUAAGCUAGACUAAUACCUAGACACGAAUAAAAAAAAAGCAAAGCCGCCCAAGUCAACAAAAGGUGGUGAAGUAUGAAACACAUUUAGGCAUACAUGUUAUGACUAGGUUGGUGUUAACUGUCCACCGUGAUAUUGACAAUAUCAUAUUCCCUUUUAAGCAUUGCCCGAUUUAUCUAAAACUCAAUUGGCACAUAAUUCAUUGAGCUACCACGAGUAGCCUAAUCUUUAAAAGUUGUGUAUGGGUAGCAAUUCCAAGCCAGUAUAUAGGGGUUAAACCAUUGUGGCGUCUAAUGUUUAUUAACAUUACGACUGUCCGUAUGGGGAACAAAGUGAAAAUGACAAUUAAAUACUUGAAUAUUUCUGCUGGGUAGAAAUUGCUCCAAGUGAUGCAUUUACAGCCCUGUUCGUGGAACCUCAUAAAAUCCUAACAGCGUUUUUGAUGCAUGGUGUAAACAACAAACAGCCCCACCGUUUAUUGCAUUUUAUAGUUUGUUAAAACAUUUACAGCCACUUUGUCCAUUACCUCAGGCGUGCUAGUCCUUUUCGACGUCUCUACAUCUUUAUAAAUGUGAUAUUGAUGAAAAUACGAUGAUCAAAAUGCUAAAUAUGACUGGCUCAUUUAUUUUCGACGCCAGACUCUUCUGGAAAUGGGGCCUUUGACAGGUUGGUUUAGAACCGCAAUUAUAUUUAUAUGACUUGUUAAAACUGAUAUGAAUUAAACAGUGUACUUUCACAAUUUACCAGUGUGACCCUGACAUUUUCAAAAAAGGGGACCCCACCUCGUUAGAAUUUAGAAAUUAACGAUUAAAUAUGCAUCUCUCUUGGUUUCCUAUGAGCAGCAUCCUAAAACCAAUCUUUAAAAGGGUGGUCUAGGGUGGAUAAGCUGGUGGUUGGUGGGGGUGGGGGGUCAGUAUUUGAUCCGAUGCAAAGCGGCAGAUUUCUCAUUAACUUCCCUGCUUGAAUAUAUUAAUGCGCAUAUUCUCUCCUCCUCUCUCCCUUGGCCCCCCUUCUCUCGCCUGCUCCCUCGCUCCCUCUCCGUCUCUCUCCCUCUCUCUUUCCUCUCUUUUUCAUUCUCUCACUCGCUCCAUAUCAGAAGCUCGGAGAGCGGUGUCCGUGUAGGGAUGCAAGAAGCCAAUGGGAUGAGGAGCCGAUAAUAGAUGCAAAUUAUCGUGAAAAGACACGGCAAAAUAUGAAACAACUCAUUUGCCGCGGAGUAAAUCACGGAAAACUGUUUGUGAACUGGCACCCCAUACCGGAACUGUGAUGCAGGAACACUUCUGUGGAGGCGCUUUUCAUGGAAUCUGAAUGAAUGUGGCUAUAGCACGGCUAUUUUAAAAGAGUGUACCAAUAAGACAAAAAUCUAUAUUCACCUCUGGGACUCCACGCAUGAUCUGUUUUUCAUCUCAAGGUUCGCCACGGUUUGUUAUUCUCUUGAAUCCACAGCCAGAGUAAUCACCAUUAACAACAACAACAACAACAACAACAACAACAUCAGUAGAGUCUAACAAAAGAUGAGUUCUUAUUUUGUAAAUUCUCUCUUCUCAAAAUAUAAAAGUAGCGACUCUUUACGCCCCAAUUAUUAUGAGUGUGGGUUUGCGCAGGACCUUGGAAGCAGACCCACCGUGGUAUAUGGACCCGGCACCGGAGCAACUUUCCAACAUGCUCCCCAGAUCCAGGAGUUCUACCACCACGGCGCGUCCACGCUGUCUGCAACCCCCUACCAACAGAGUCCUUGCGCCGUCACAUGUCACGGAGAUCCAGGAAACUUCUACAGCUACGAUGCCCUUCAAAGACAGACCCUCUUCGGUGCUCAGGAUGCUGACUUGGUCCAGUAUAGCGAUUGUAAGCUAGCCGCGGGUGGCAUGGGAGAGGAGACCGAGAGCACAGAACAGAGUUCUUCUCCGACGCAGCUGUUCCCUUGGAUGCGACCGCAAGUAGCUGCCGGACGGAGGCGAGGCCGACAGACCUACAGUCGCUACCAGACACUGGAGCUUGAAAAGGAGUUCCUCUUCAACCCGUACCUGACCCGCAAGCGGCGAAUUGAGGUAUCGCAUGCCCUGGGACUGACCGAGAGGCAAGUCAAAAUCUGGUUUCAGAACCGCCGGAUGAAGUGGAAAAAGGAAAACAAUAAGGACAAAUUUCCCAGCAGCAAAUCUGAACAAGAGGCAAUUGAAAAGGAGAAGCGGGAAAAGGAGCUGGGCAUUGGGUCACCGUCUACCGACGAAGAUGGCGACAAGGCUAAACAGAUCUAAAGUGGACAUUGAAAAAGACUCAGAAACAUGGGAGGGUGGGGGGCAACUGUGUGGGGUUGUCUCGGAAACGUGACAGUCUUCUGGUGAUCACUAUCAUGUUUCAAUCGAUAAGAUUGCCUCAGAUGAUGGCUGACAGGACGAUAAACAUUGAAACGAUGUGGUGACCACGGGACUAUGAGCAGAAGGGAUUAAGCAUUUCUACUUUUUACCUGACAUUUGCAAAAUGUUAUAGUGUUUAAGCUAGAUUCCUGACUUUGUGGAACUAUGAUCGUGGAAAAAAGAUUUAUGUUGUUAGAAUAUUGUCAUUAACAAUUAAAUUGGCAGCUGUACAGAUUUAAGUUAAAUGGUGCACUUACGACUGUCCUCACUUAGCCUAUAUGUUAUGAUGAUGACGUAGCAAAUAAUGAAUUCCAACAACAUGAAACUGCCUAUUUAUGCCGUAGAUUUUCCUCUCUUUUACACUUGUCCUCAUUUAGUUCAAUUAAAUUGAUGGUAUUUUGUUGUCUUCCUUUUUCGGGUAAGCAUGCGCACAGUUGAAGAAAAUUAUUAAAAAAUAAAUAAAAAUAAAAAAAUACCCUAAGUGAUGUCAUGUGACCCCUCGUUUAACUGUGAAACAGAAUGUAUACUGUACUUGUGAAUUAGUUUAUGGGGACUUGAUGAUAUGCUUUAUUGUUCCUCAUCACUUUGUUCUAUUGUCUGAAACCUGGAAGGAGCGGAAGAAAGGGGGCACAAUAAAGUUUACAAGCGAGAAUCCAUGA